UCGUCGUCGUCGUCUUCUUCUUCUUCUCGAGACCUCGAAAUAGAAACCCUCUCUCUCUCUCUCUCUCUCUCUCUCUCUCUCUCUCGCCGCUUGCUGGAGAUGGGGAACCGUGGAGGUGUUGCCGUGAUCCUCCUCUUGUGCCUCCUCUUUGCUUGCUCCGCUCGCGCCUUCUACCUUCCCGGCGUCGCGCCUCGCGAUUUCCACAAGGAUGAUGAACUUCCAGUGAAAGUGAACAAGCUCUCAUCUACAAAGACACAACUUCCAUAUGAUUAUUAUUUUCUGGAAUACUGUAAGCCCGCUCAAAUUAUGAAUAAUGCAGAGAAUUUAGGAGAAGUUCUGCGUGGUGAUCGUAUUGAGAACUCGGUCUAUACGUUCAAAAUGAGGAAUGAUGAGACUUGCAAAGUAGCUUGUCGUAGGCAACUUAACUCUGAAGCUGCCAAGAAUUUUAAGGAGAAGAUUGAGGAUGAAUAUCGGGUGAAUAUGAUCUUAGAUAAUCUACCUGUUGCAGUUGUUAGACAACAGAGAGAUGAAAGUCAAACACCAAGUUAUGAACAUGGUUUUCGUGUUGGUUUGAAAGGAAGGCAGCUUACUGGUAAUAAUGAUGACAAGAAUUACAUACAUAAUCACCUGAGCUUCAAAGUAAUGUAUCAUAAGGACCCUGAGUCUGAAGAUGCUCGUAUUGUUGGUUUUGAGGUUAUUCCGAGCAGCGUAAAACAUGAUUAUGUUGAAUGGGAUGAUAACAACCCUAAGGUUUCAACUUGCAACACAAACAGCAAAAUAACUCCAUCUAGCCAUUCUCACCAGGAAGUUGCAGAGAAUGAAUAUGUUGUGUUCUCAUAUGAUGUUACCUUUCAGCCUAGUGAAAUCAAAUGGGCAUCUCGGUGGGACACUUACCUUCUCAUGAAUGAUGACCAAAUUCACUGGUUUUCCAUAAUAAACUCGUUUAUGAUUGUCCUCUUUCUUUCCGGCAUGGUCGCCAUGAUUAUGUUGAGAACCUUAUACAGAGAUAUAGCUAACUACAAUCAAUUGGAUGCACAAGAUGAAGCCCAGGAGGAAAGUGGAUGGAAGUUAGUCCAUGGGGAUGUUUUCAGGCCACCUGUCAACUCCAGUCUGCUUUGCGUUUAUGUAGGAACUGGUGUUCAGUUUUUUGGGAUGGCAUUGGUUACCAUGAUUUUUGCAUUACUAGGCUUCCUCUCCCCAUCCAAUCGCGGGGGUCUCAUGACAGCAAUGGUCCUUUUAUGGGUCUUCAUGGGGUUAUUUGCUGGCUAUUCCUCGGCGCGCCUUUACAAGACAUUCAAGGGCGCAGAUUGGAAAAAGAACACAUUGAAAACUGCAUUUAUGUUCCCUGGUAUUGUUUUCUCUAUUUUCUUUGUGCUGAACGCUUUGAUAUGGGGUGAGAAGUCUUCUGGUGCAGUUCCCUUCGGGACCAUGUUUGCUUUGGUGUUCUUAUGGUUUGGCAUAUCUGUGCCCUUGGUCUUUGUUGGUAGCUUCUUGGGAUUUAAGAAGCCUGCAAUUGAGGAUCCUGUGAAGACCAACAAGAUUCCCAGGCAGGUGCCUGAGCAGGCAUGGUAUAUGCAGCCAACUUUCUCCGUACUCAUAGGCGGUAUACUUCCAUUUGGUGCUGUCUUUAUCGAGCUCUUCUUCAUCUUGACCUCCAUAUGGCUGAACCAGUUCUAUUACAUCUUCGGCUUCCUCUUCAUAGUCUUCAUCAUUCUGUUGAUAACCUGUGCUGAAAUUACAAUUGUACUCUGCUACUUCCAGCUAUGCAGCGAAGACUACCACUGGUGGUGGAGGGCAUAUUUGACAGCAGGUUCUUCAGCCCUCUACUUGUUCUUGUAUUCAGCUUUCUACUUCUUCAGUAAGCUCGAUAUCACCAAGGUUGUUUCUGGGAUCCUUUACUUUGGCUACAUGUUGAUCGUAUCCUAUGCCUUCUUUGUGCUGACGGGAACGAUCGGCUUCUAUGCCUGUUUCUGGUUCGUCCGCAAGAUAUAUUCCUCUGUGAAAAUCGAUUAAUGUGGUUACUGGAUGAGUUAUGUCCUGUGCUUUGAGGGUUUAACUGAGGUUUGUGUAAAAAGAGAAAAAAAAACUCAGCAGAGAAGCUUGUAUCUCAGUUCAUGCAAGACUGGCUUAUAAUACUUCCUAGAUUUGUUGAAAUUUUUGUAGGUGCUUGACAAUGUAAUUGGUCAUGCCAUGUAUCCCCAUUUCCUUAUAACAUAUAUCUCAGUUCAUGCUACUAUGCAAGCCUGGCUUAUAAUACUUGCUUGAUCUUGCAUC